AUGGAAAUGAGUUUUACUCCGGAACUGUUCCCUACAGAGAAAAAGAUGAAUAGAUGAAUGGAAGGAUGAAUAGUGAUGAAUCCAGUAAGACGGAUGAGUGAAAGGUUUAGAAUGGUUAGGAUUGAUUUAUGCACAGUUCUUUGCUCUCUUCUCCUGGUUAUCCUGCAAGCACCAGUGGGAAGUGAUGGGAAUCCUGAUGCGAAGCGUCUGUACGAUGACCUACUCAGCGACUAUAACAAGCUGGUCAGACCGGUCAAGAAUGUGACCGAUGCUGUAACAGUUCAAUUUAAGCUCAAACUAUCACAGCUUAUUGAUGUGAAUCUGAGAAACCAGAUAAUGACGACCAACCUGUGGAUUGAACAGCUGUGGCAUGAUUAUAAACUUACCUGGAACCCUGAGGAAUAUGGUGGAGUGGAUAUUCUUCAUGUACCCUCCAGACAUAUCUGGCUUCCAGAUAUUGUACUGUACAACAAUGCGGAUGGAAAUUUUGAAGUAACCCUAGCCACGAAGGCAACUCUGUACGCGAAGGGUCGUGUAGAAUGGAAACCACCAGCUAUCUAUCAUUCAUCUUGUGAGAUGGACGUAGAAUAUUUUCCAUUUGACGAGCAGACUUGUAUCAUGAAGUUUGGUAGCUGGACAUAUGAUGGAUUCCAGGUUGACCUACGUCACAGAGACGAAAUACCUAAUAAGGAUAUUGUUGAUAUAGUGAUAAAAAUUCAAACAUUUAGCCUUAUUCUGUAUUAUGAUAGAAAAACUCUGUUCUACACUGUAAACCUGAUUAUACCUUGCAUGGGGAUAUCCUUCCUUACAGUCCUGGUGUUCUACCUUCCUUCAGAUAGCGGGGAGAAGGUGUCCCUGUCUAUCAGUAUCCUACUCUCCUUAACUGUGUUCUUUCUCCUGCUAGCCGAGAUUAUUCCUCCCACCUCCCUGGUUGUUCCUCUACUAGGCAAAUUUGUACUGUUCACCAUGAUCCUGGAUACGUUCAGUAUAUGUGUGACUGUAGUGGUGCUAAAUAUUCAUUUUCGUUCUCCGCAAACCCAUACAAUGGCGCCUUGGGUCAGGCGUGUUUUCAUUCAUAUACUUCCUCGCUUGCUGGUCAUGCGUCGACCUCAACCACAGUACAAUCAUUUGGUGCAUGAGAAUGGUUAUGGGAAGAAAUGUCAUAUGACAGAAAUACCCCAGAUUAACUACGACUCAAUCAGACGAGAGUUGUUACCAAUACUUCAUGGUGAGGACAAGGAGAGUUUACAAUAUAGUUCACCAAUAAAACGGCACAACGGAAUGAUACUGAAUUCUGGUGGUUGCAAGGUACACGGAGAUAUGAAUUAUGAUGAAUCUCCCAGUCCCUUGCCCUCACUACCCUCACUACCUGCCAGUCCAGAUCUUUACCAGAUCAGAGAAGAAAAUCUUUGCCCGGAGUUACUGCGGGCUGUGGAGGGGGUUAAAUAUAUUGCUGAUGUUACUAGAAGGGACGAGGAAUCUAAUAAGGUGAAGGAGGAUUGGAAGUAUGUAGCAAUGGUGCUGGAUAGGUUAUUCCUCUGGAUUUUUACUAUAGCUGUACUAGUUGGUACUGCAGGCAUAAUUCUCCAAGCUCCAACACUGUAUGAUACUAGACCAGCAAUAGACCAGAAACUGUCUGAAAUAGACAUAAAUCUUAAACCUCCGGCUCAACCUUCAAUAAUUACCACGGACUAAUCAAUAUACAAUAUACAGGGUUUAUGAACUCAAUAAGUACAAAAGUGAUUAAUAUAGUUAUUCCUGGUCAUUUUAUAAAUAGUAAUUUGAAAAUAUCAUUUUAAAUAGAAUAAGAAUGGUUUUGUAUCAAAACAAGAUUUAUUCUAAAUACACUCUUUGGUUUUGUUGUUUUUGAUAUUUACAUGAUCGAUUUCAACAUUUACGGGCCGUCAAUAUAGUUUCAAGUGACAUUGCCUUUUUAUAGUGCCAUGGGAGAUUCACAACGGUACCCUUUAAUAAUAAUCUAUUUAAUUUUGAUUGAUAAAUCUAUACUUUUACUUGGAUUAGAGGAAAUAUGUUAGUGUACAUUGAGAGGAAACCAUUAAUGAAAGACAAAGUACUAAAACCCUGCAAAUAAACAUCCACCUCUGAGCUUAAAAAAACGGUAUCGCUGUGAAUUGUUAUUUGUCCUUUCAUUGUUAUAUUUUAUCAUUUUUUCCAUAAAAAAACUGUUUACAGGUAUUGCAGUCCUUCACAGUAAUUAUGAUGUAUUUCAACAAACCUGGAAUUCUUUAAAAUAAUUUACAUUAAACAUUUUUUUCAGCAUAUAUUCUAAAAUUGGUAAACUCAAAAUAUGGUUAUAAAAUUACAAAAUAGAGUUUAAGGAAUCAUUUUUUGGCUCACAGUAGGCCCAAUACUUUUUGAAUCAAUGGGGAUUCUCCCCCCCCCCCAGCAGGAAUAUGUUUAACUGCUGACGUGUCUGUGUUACACUAUGAUUUAGGCAAUUAAUAAUUUAUUAGUAAAAUGUGAUUUUAAAGAAAUGUGGUUUGAAAUUGUGUAAUAACUUUAUUUAUGACGACAUUUUGAAGGCAGAAUCUGAAGGUUACAUUUAGUCUUCAUAAACGUAAAAUACAUUUACCCUGAGGCCAAAUUUUAAGAAUUUGAGCUGCGUCUCAGUUGGAAUCGGUUCAGAGACGCGGUGUAAAUUCUUAAAAUUCGGCCUCUGAUAAACUAAUAAUAUAAACCCCUUGACAUUUUAUAGGUCUUUACAAUUUUUGUAAUCAGAGGUUGAAGAAUUUGGGUUGAAAAGUUUUUAUUGAAAUUCCAUCAGCAGUUUAUUGUAUGCAAUAUGGAUGCAGUUUUUUGAAAAUUCAAAAGUUUUUGAAAGUUCCAGGUUUCAGAUCUUGUUUGCAUUUGUAGUUAAAUGAAACCAUGUAAAAAUUUGUAAAAUUCUAGCAAAAUAUAGAAAUUUAAUUUUU